AUGGAAAAUGAGAGUGUUUAUACAGAAUUUGUGAAUCACGCCACAAAGAAUGCAGUUGAUUCGAAAUCACUAAAAUUGCAGGAAAUUUAUGGCCAUGGAAGACUUAUAGAACCCCCCAGUAGAGCCACAGCGUGGAGGUAUGGCUUCGAUACACCGCCAAACUACAAUGACCAUGAACUUUUCUGUGGUGGCUUCGCCAGGCAGUGGCAGAAAAACGCCGGAAAGUGUGGAGAAUGUGGUGACGCCUGGGACGCUCCCAGACCAAGACCACACGAACUGGGCGGAAAGUGGGGCCAGGGAGUAAUAGUGCGAAAAUAUAAGGAGAAUAGCGUGAUGUUACUGAGAGUGGAACUGACGGCAAGUCACAACGGAUACUUCGAAUUUCGUCUUUGUCCAGACAGCGUGGGGGACCAGUCGUGCCUAGAUCGGUAUCCGCUCAAACUGAUCGGAGGUGAAGGAAACGAUGGUAUAAAAUUCUUCCCACGAAAUGGAAGCAAGGUAUACGAAAUGCGGGCGCAGCUGCCACAGGGACUGCGAUGUGAGAGGUGCAUGUUGCAAUGGCGUUACGUUGCUGGCAACAACUGGGGAACUUGUCCAGAUGGCACAGGCGCAGUGGGCUGCGGGCCUCAAGAAGAAUUCCGUGCAUGCGCCGACAUCUCCAUCGGAGACGUCACAUCCUACGUCCCUACCAUCACCAACCCAGACAGCACAACCACCGAAAAGACUUCCAACGCCACCCAAACAGAAAAACCAAAAAUCGACCAAACCGAUUCCGAGUCCUCAUCUCACAGCACCAGUAUUAUUAUUGUCCUGGUCACUCUGCUUGCAGUUCUGGCAACUUUAGCCAUGGUUUAUUUGUAUUUCUACAAGAGCGGAGGCGGUUUAAGAAUAAAGAAUUUGUUGAUGUUGGGCAAGGACCAGCAGAAGAAAGAUGUUGGUAAUUUGGAGAAUACAGGAAAAGUAUCUGACGCGCCACUUGCUCCGCCAAGAUUGAAGAAACAAUCAAAGACUGAUGAUAACGAUGAUGAAGGGUUAAGGACGAUCGCCUUACCUUAA